AUGAGGUAAUCGGGGAAGCGGCUGAAAUUGAAGCCCGGCGGCGGCGGCGGCAGCGGCGGCGGUGCAGCCCGGGCCGGGGCAGCCCCCGCCGGGCGCGCCGCGCCAUGACCGAGCGGUGCAGCCUGUGGAGCGCCCUGUCCGCGGCCGCCUGCUGCUUCUACCGCGGCUCCUUCAUGCAGGUGCAGUUCUCCAAGGAGAAAUACAUCCUCGACUCAUCACCAGAGAAGCUUCACAAGGAGCUGGAAGAGGAGCUUAAGCUGAGCAGCACCGACCUGCGGAGCCAUGCCUGGUACCACGGCCGCAUCCCCCGGGAGGUGUCCGAGAGCCUCGUGCAGAGGAACGGCGACUUCCUCAUCCGCGACUCCCUCACCAGCCUGGGCGACUACGUGCUGACGUGCCGCUGGCGCAACGAGCCCCUCCACUUCAAGAUCAACAAGGUGACGGUCAAGUCCAGCGACGGCCAUACCCGUGUCCAGUACCUCUUUGAGCAGGAGAGCUUUGACAACGUGCCUGCCCUCGUCCGGUUCUACGUGGGCAACCGCAAGGCCAUCUCCGAGCAGAGCGGAGCUAUCGUCUACUGCCCCAUCAACCGCACCUUCCCCCUGCGCUACCUGGAAGCCAGCUAUGGGCUGGCCAACGGGAAGCAUGGGGGGUCCCACAGCCCCUCCACCCAGAAAGGGGGGCACAUCAAGAGGAGGAGCAUCACCAUGACAGACGGCCUGACCGCAGACAAGAUCACCAGGGCUGAGGGGUGCCCGACCAGUGUGUCCCUGCCCCACCACAGAGACAUCAUUCGCAACUGUGCUGUCAGUGUGGACCAGAUCCAAGACCUGCACUCCCCGAUGUCCCCCAUCUCCGAGAACCCAGCGUCACCCGCCUACAGCACAGUUACACGGCUAAAGCCUCAUGCCUGCCAAGCAGCCGGGAUCACCCCGACCUCUCCAGUGAUAAGAAGGUCCAGUGAGCCCCAACUGUGCCACGGGAACAACAGCAAACCUCUGCCAGACCCUGCCCACAGCUCCCAUUCGACUCCCUGCCAUGGGUAUGCCCGCGCCUCCCCCUCUCCCUCCGUGAACAGCUACAGCGACCCGGACUCAGGGCACUACUGCCAACUGCACCCCACCUCACCCAUCAGCAGAGACCGGCCAGCUCAUGACACCAAGCAGAUGCCAACAAAGAGCUACGUGGAGAGGCUAAAGGUGGAGGAAGGACAGAGAGGGACUGUGGAGAACAGUUCUGGGGAAGCAGAGGCAGGGCAGAGGCUGAAAGCAGAGCCGGACUUCAUGGGCUUUGUGCCCCCCACCAUGGAAACAACUUCCUCCUUCAACCCUGCUGCCUUCCAGUCCCUGCUCAUCCCCCUGGAGAACAAACCCCUGGAGAUGACCGUGCUCAAGAAGGUCAAAGAGCUGCUGGCAGAGGUGGAUGUGAAGACACUGGCCAAACACAUCACCAAAGUGGACUGCCUGGUCGCCCGGAUAUUGGGUGUCACGGUGGAGAUGCAGCGGCUCAUGGGGGUGAGCUCUGGCAUGGAGCUGCUCACCCUGCCCCACGGCCACCAGCUCCGCCUCGACCUGCUGGAACGGUUUCACACCAUGUCCAUCAUGAUCGCCGUGGACAUCCUGGGCUGCACGGGCAGCACGGAGGAGCGGGCGGCCCUGCUCCACAAAACCAUCCAGCUGGCUGCCGAGCUGAAGAGCACCAUGGGCAACAUGUUCAGUUUUGCUGCUGUGAUGAACGCCCUGGAAAUGACACAGAUUGCCCGGCUGGAGCAGACCUGGAUGGUGCUGCGGCAGCGGCACACAGAGGGUGCAAUCCUCUAUGAGAAGAAGCUUAAGCCAUUCCUGAAGAGCCUGAAUGAAGGGAAAGAAGGGCCGCCGCUGACCAACACCACCUUUCCCCACAUCAUACCCCUCGUGACUCUCCUGGAGCGGGACAAGGCUCUCACGGACAGCCUCGAGCCCUGGGAGGCCACUGACAACGGCGUGGAGGUGGUCAUGGCCCACCUGGAGGCGGCACGGAUGGUGGCCCACCAUGGUGGGCUCUACCACACCAAUGCUGAGGUGAAGCUGCAGGGUUUCCAGGGCAGAGCGGAGCUGCUGGAGAUCUUCAGCACCGAGUUCCAGCUGCGGCUGCUCUGGGGCAGCCGUGGGGCUGAGAGCAGCCAGGCCGAGCGCUACGAGAAGUUCGACAAGGUCCUCACUGCCCUGUCCCACAAGCUGGAGCCAGCAGUGCGCUUCAGCGAGCUGUGACCCCCCCCAGGCCCUGGGAGACCCCCCUGCUCCCAGCCUGCACCCCUCUGGCGGCUGUGGGGUAUGGGAUGGGACCAGGGACCCAGCACUUGGAGGAGGAGAGAUGGCCCAGAAAGGUGCUGGGGCACAGGGCAGCAAUUCUGAGACAGAGGAGGAAAAGCAGCCACCUCAAAUCUAUCACUCACCUCCUCAGGACACAACAGGGCAGGAGGUCCACACUGCUACCCUGAAGGAUGGGGACAACAUCUGGGCACGCCAGCACUGGUCUCCACCACCCAGCCCUGCUGAGGUCCAUGACUACACAAUGCCCCUCACUUCACCCUUCAGUUCCAUUUCUUUUCCCCCCUGUCUCACCCACGGCCACUGGAUCAUGCGUGUAAAUACAUUUUCACGAUCACUUCUCGAUGUACAGACUUGUGAAGGAUGAAGAAUGUUGUAAAUAAUUAGGCUCAUUCAUUUUGUCCUGUAAAUAUGUGUACAUAUCUCAUGGGUUUGUUUCUUACAUAUAAUAAACUUUUAUGCUGUUCCUCAAGGG